CCUGGUGGUUCAGAUGUUAUUCGUAAAAAGGAACUGGGAGGAUUUUCUACUGCUUUGACAGAAAUUCUGAACCCUUCUGGAAUUCCUCUGUAUUUCACCGUACACGUGGCCAAUGAAGCGGGUGUGAGUGUACCAGCCACCUGUCAGUUGGAGACUUUUGACAUGACCAUUCCAGGAGGGAGAAUGUCAGAAGCCUUCAGAUCGACCAGUAACCCCCAGGUGAUGAAGGGACUGGUCACUGUGUAUGAGGACUCCCCCAUAACCCAGGUUCUGGUGGCUGUGGGGUACGGCAGGGACAUCUGGGGAGAGCAGAUUGUCAGGUGGAAUCAAACCAGCAUUGCAGCAAAUACGGUCAACUAUGAUGUGGGUGAUGACCCAUUGAAUGAGAAGGUCAUGAGUGUUUUCUCCACUGGUAAAUCUGGUCGUCUGACAGGUAGAGGAGUUUUAUAUCAACAGUAUGAUAAGAUAUCUACCCCAGGACAGUGUGCAGCAUACUGCAAUCACCUGCAUGCAACAAAGUGCCUUAGCUUCAAUUACGACUUUGGUAGUGGUCACUGUGAGCUGCUGGAAGCCAUAGAAGGGCAUGAUUUCAAAUUAUCCAAGGAUGGACUUUACACACAUUAUGAAAAACUUGGAGUUGGAUCAAACAGACAGUUUGAAUUCAACAAUUUAAAGCUGCCACAUAAUAAGAUUUUCUACUUCAAUGUCAAAGUAAAAAAUGCACUAGGGUUUCAGAAUAUUUUGUCAUCAAGAUCAAUCAUCACUGAUUUUACACCCCCUGAUCCUACUAUAUACCAGAUAAACAUGACGAGUGAUGUGUUAGAGGUGUCCCCUUGUCUGGACCUCAUUCCUAAUGACAGACAAGACUGGGAGAGACACUGUGUUGGGGUAGAUCCCUCCAGAAGGAACCACCGCAUCGUCAUAGACGGAGAGGGAUCAGACACUGUAUACAAUGGACAUGAGUUCAAGACUGACCUGAAGUACACCAGGGCCAACCGAUACAUAUCCGCUAACUGGGAUGGUAUUUAUGACAAUGAGACAGGAUUGCUUGGUUACUCUGUGACAGCUGGAGAGAAAAUUUGUGAAGAGAAAAUCAAGGCCCACCACGAUCCUCAUGCUCAUCUGUUUGAUGAAUCCCAGUGGACAAACAGUGUGAUGAUGACUCCAUUGGAAGCUCCUUACACCAUUCUACCAGAUGGGCCAUAUUUCAUCACUGUUAGAGCUAUCAACAAAGUGGAAUAUGGAGGUCCUCUGGCCACCAGUUUUUGUCACUCCACUCCAUACAUAGUGGAUAACACUCCUCCAUUUGUGUAUGAAAUCUAUAACAUAAAAUAUGAGGAGGACCAGUUCAAUCUGAGCAUGUCACACAAUUCAUCAGAUCCAGACUCUGGUCUUAUUAGAAAUGAUCUUUGUCUGGGAAGAACUAGAAGAGAUUGUGAUGAAAUGAUGUGGACCACCAUAGAUUUCAAUCCAAACAUCACCAUGUUGAAGAAGCUGACAGAGGGAGUUCCUGUAUGGAUUAAAAUCAAAGCUGUCAACAAUGUUGACCUGAGGACAAUAGGUGUGUCUGAUUCUGCCAUCAUAGUGGACCGAUCUCCUCCUAUUGCUGGUACAGUGAAUGAUGGAGAGGUUUAUAAAGUAGAUCUACAGUAUACCAUGUACCCAGAUAAGAUUUGCAGUAACUGGCUGGGCUUCUAUGACCCACAGUCUGGAAUAGCUAUGUAUAUGAUCAGUGUGGGAUCUUCCCCAAACUCAACAGAUGUAGCUAACCUGACUCAGUUCUCCAGUAAAACUCACUACGCUUGUGUGGAGCUCGAGCCAGGCAAAUACUUGGAGCAUAAUCGACAAUACUUCUCUAAAGUGUAUGCAUUCAAUGGUGGUCACAGACAGCUCAAUGUCUCCAUGGUCUCAGAUGGAGUGUUGGUAGACCUGACUGAGCCGGUAGCUGGAGAAGUGGUGGACGGGUCAGCUGAGGAUUUUACUGACCUACAGUUUACAACAAGCCAGGCUAAAGUGGAACUUCAAUGGAGAAAUUACUUGGAUCCAGAGUCCAACAUCAGUCACUAUGAUGUCAAGGUUUACAGGGCCAAAAAUAUGACGUACGAUUAUGAACGUAUCCAUGACUGGGCCCCAUUCCCCAGCACAGCUAACAGUGUGAAGUGGUUAAAGUUCCACCAUAGUCAUGGAGAUAGAAUUCAGACCUCUCUCCGCACCACAAACAAAGCUCUCAACUCCAUUAUCAACAACACUAACAGUUUUGUGGUUGACAUAACACCCCCAUAUCUGCAUUACCUUUGGGAUGGUCUCCAAUCUAAAGAUCAAGAAUUCCAAUCAGCAGUAGACCAGCUUUCAGUCAGCUUUAAGUAUUCUGACAAAGAAUCGGGUGUAGAUCACAUCAAAGUACAGAUCUUUGAGGUUUCUGGUGGUACAAGAUCACAAAGAUUUUCAGCUAUGAAAAAUGACUGGAAAAAUAUAAGUGAUGCAUCACUAACUAGCCACACAUGGUCAGGACUGUCUCUGAAGGAGGGUGCUAGGUACAGCCUGAGGGUGGGGGCUGUUAAUCAUGCUGGCUUCCUUGCCGCAUUUGAAACCAAUGGAGUCAUCAUUGACACAUCUCCUCCUAUGGUGAUGUGGUUAAGAGUUGGAGUGACCGGGAGCUCCAAAGAACACAGAGUGGAUGGAUAUGUCUGGGUGUCGGAUAAGAAGGGUAUCCAGGCCUCUUGGCUCUGUAGGGAUCAUGAAUCAGGUGUAACAGAGUAUUUGGUGGCUGUAGGCACAUCUCAAGGAGGUGAUGAUGUUUUGGCUUGGAGAUCUUUUGGAACAGAGAGCAGUCAGUACAUAACAGGAUUUACUUUAGAAGUCACAAAUCAGACAACUAAAUCUCCCAUUUAUUAUGUGUCACUGAAAGCUAAGAAUGGAGCAGGCCUGGUCAGUCCACUGGCCACUGUGUCCACUCCUAUCAUGGUCAUGGAGGAGGACAAAGCUGGUUUGGUUGUUGAUGGUGCUGACAACAUUGAUAAGAUUGUUGGUGAGGAUGCCGUCGUUGACUUCACAUCAGACAUGGAUUAUCAACUGGACACCACCACUGUUACUGUCCAGUUUACUGGAUUUGAGAGCACCAUGCACGGAGUGAUGCAGUUUGAGAUGGCUGUGGGUACUGAACUAAAUGGAGAGGACAUUCUGGCCUUCACAGAGGCAAAUAUCAUCCAUCUGGAGGAACUGGAUCCUGUUGGAAAAGGAUUAACAAGUUCUGGAUAUGCCCAGAUUAACAUACCUCUAAAACCUGAGAGAACAUACUACACCACAGUCCGAGGAAUAACAAAUAAUGGAAAUGUACUACAAACAAGUUCUGAUGGAUUUACUGUGGACCAGACCUCUCCUACUAUUGACAUAGAUAGGCUGUCUGGGAAGUCAGCUCAGGAAAUGGACAUUUCAGAUGACAGUCAGGUUUAUGAAUCAACAGAUGAUGCCCUGUCAGCCAUGUGGCAUUACAAUGACUCGGAGUCUGAAGUAGUGAGAGCUUGGUAUGCUGUGGGAACUUACCCAUUCUCUGAUGAUCUCAGUGAGAGAAAGGAGGUGGAGAUAUCAAUCACGUUGUCCAGCUAUCUAGGAAACAAUGAAGUGGAGCCAGAUAUUUUUGGAAAACCUAAUAUCAUAAGUGUAUGGGCAGAGAACUCUGUUGGACUGGUGACCCAGAAAGCUACAGGAACAAUAGUAAUAGAUAAAACACCACCAAAGGCUGGCAAUGUAUCCUGUCCAGCUUACAUUCAGCAAUCAGUUCCCAUUGUAUGUUCUUGGACUGGGUUUGUGGACACAGAAUCUCCCAUAAAGGAAUUCCACAUCAUAAUGGGCACAUCUAAGGGAGAUGACUCAGUAUUUUCUGAAGGAGUUGUCCCAGGCAAUAUCCAAACAUUUAUACUACAAGGUGCUGGGAAGAAGAUGCACCAUGGAGAGGAGUAUUAUGUGACAGUGACAGCCAUUAACAGUGUGGAUAUGACCAUCAAUGCAUUCUCCAAUGCUGUGGGUUUGGACCUCACUCCGCCAAAGGCAGGCAUGGUGGCUGACCUAAACUCAGUCUACCGCAUAGAUUCUUCUAGUACUGAAAACACUGUGGCCAUGAAUGCAAAGAUUUGUCUAACCGAAGAAGAGUGCCGAGCCGUGGAUGCUGUCUGUACCGAGUCUCUGACUUCUCUCUCUGUAACAUGGAUACCAUUUACUGACCCAGAGUCCAGUAUUGUGGAGUACCAGAUAGCUGUAGGUACCUCUCCUGGAGGAGGUCAGAUCAAAGCUUUCUACAGCAUUCCAGCUGACAGUAAACACCACACAGUCACAGAACUCAACCUGGACGGAUACAGACAGGUAUUUGUGUCUGUCAAAGGAAUCAAUGGUGCUGGUUUAUCAAGUGUUGCUACUUCAAAUGGUGUCUACAUGUCCUACCUCAGUCAAGGGAGACCACCCCUGUCACAUAUAGGAGUCAUUGACAUGGUCAAUGGAGAGCAUAUUGAUGUAGACUAUCAGACAGACCCCUCUACAAUACAGGCCAGCUGGGAUGUAUCAGGGGACCCAUGUCCUGUUGUGAAGUAUGAGUGGGCAAUCCGACGACUGGAUGGACUGGAAAUCUCCAGAUAUUUAGACAUGGGAGUAAAAACAUCUGGUUUAAUUGAUGGGCUUCAAAUGAAGAAUAAGGAGACAUACAUUAAUUUGAUCCGAGUCACAAAUGCUAUUGGAUACAAGUAUACAUUACGAUCAACUGGGGUAACUAUUGAAAACACUCCACUUCUGCCUGGUAAGGUGUAUGAUGGAGAUAUUGAUGGAUAUGACCUUAAUUAUUUACCCUCUAAAACAAGAGUAUAUGCCAACUGGAAUGGAUUUGGUCUGCCACCUAAUGCCAUUGUACAAGUGGAUGUUGAGAGUGGUAAUGAAGGUCUUCAUGUAGACCAAAAUGAAGUGGCAGCUCAGGAUAGGAGUCAACAAGUGGCCUACUACUUGGUAGCCCUCGGUACAGACAGACGCUUUAAUAAAACCAGGGACAAUGUGGUACCCUACACUAAUGUUGGAACAAAUACUUCUAUUACAUUCUAUGAUCUAGACCUAACACCAGGUGUUGCUGUCUAUUACUUCUCUGUUUAUGCUGUUAGUAAAUCAUUCUCCAAAACACUGGUCACUUCUAAUGGAUUCUAUGUUGGAUACGAUGGAGGCGUUACAGCUGGCAACAUCACCAGUCCAGCACCAUGUAUAAACUCCCUGAAUGAAUUGGAUGUAAAGUAUGAAGGAUUCACAUCUAAAUUGGACAUCCUUAUGUAUUAUAUUGCAAUCUCCAAUAACACAGAUGCUAAUAACAACAGCUGCAAAGAAUAUAUUUCUGGAGGCGGUAUGUCUGAUGAAGAUAGAAAGGAUAUAUUUUCUGUUCUGGAUGUGUCCAACCAAGGCAAAAAUACCUUCACAACACUCAAAGGACUAAACUUACAACAGGGGAAAACUUACUUUGUUUGGGUUAUUGGUACUGACAAGUCUGGAGAAUGUGCAAUGUCUUCCACCGAGUUUUUGGUUGAUAUUACCGAGCCAAAGCAAGGUCAACUGAAAAUAGGGCCCUGGUACAACAUGCCUGUUGCCUACACAACAGAUAACAGUAGUGUCAACGUGACAUGGGAGGGUUUCACAGAUCAAGAGUCUGGUGUUGCUUCAUAUGAACUCUCUCUGUGGAGGAAUGAGUCCUGUCAUAGUACAACUGAAGGAGAAUUAGUUAAUGACUGGAUUCAACUCUCCAGCAACUACUCUUUCUAUCAGUUUGUGGAUCAAAAGCUACAGAAGAAUGUUCCAUACUAUGUGAAGCUGAGAGUGAUAAACUGUGCUGGAGGUUUCCUGACCAUAGAAUCCCCACCAGUCCUGGUUGAUGACACUGUACCCGUGUCAGGGGUCGUUAUAGAUGGGACAGACUUCCAACAAGAUCUACUCUGGUUUGGUGACUCAAGUCAGGUCCAAGGCACAUUUUUACAUUUUCCAAAUCCAAGUCUCCAGUCUGCAUCAUGUCCAAAUCAGAUUAUUGCCAUGAAAGAUCCUCAGUGGAAGACACUUAACAGACUUGGAAUGUUGGACCCAGAAGGUGAAUUCUGGAAAGUAAAAUAUGAUCAAAAGUAUGUAAUGCCAGUGGCAGUGGAGGACAUUGUUGAUGUAAAACUUGUACUGACUAAGGAUGCAACAAACCAUGAUAUUAUGGGAGCAGGUGCUCUCUACAGGAAGGCAGAAUUGUUUAAUGGGGGAAUAUACAAGCUGAAGUUAAAAGCAGCUGACAGGGGUGGAGAAGCAGUGACAGAGGUUUUAUUCUGGGAUGGACCUGAAAAGGGUCUAGCAACAUACAAAUAUGAAGAAGAGAAAGAGUUUGAGAACUGUGUCUGCUGCUUCACUAAUCCUAUUCCACCUAGUUGCGAUGGAUGCAUCUGUGCAGAUUACCUUCUGAAUAAAGGCUACUUCAUGAAUGAGACUUUCACGACAACCACCACCACUACACAGGCCCCAGACAACAGAACCUACCCUCCUUAUGAUGUGGUGGAUGAACAGGGCUCCAGUGUCAUUGAUAAACCAGAGACAAUCCAAAGUGUGGCUUACGACUCUUGUGGAAUACAAAUCUACUCUGCUGAUAAACAGAACAACAAAAGUGCAUUUGUUGUGUCAUGGUGUCGUUACUUUAAUAACUCAAGGAGAAUGGGUAAACUAGUAUCAGAAAUUAAAGUGAAUCCAAGUGAGGACUUUAACAAUUACAAAAUUGAAUUUGCUGUGAAAAAUGAGGACUCUACAUCAACCAAAUGGUGUAUGAUGGUGUAUGUGGAGGAAGAGUUUAUCAAUGAAAUCUGUGAUGUUCCACAGUUGUCCACCAAUGCCUUGUUAUUUUUCCAUGUCUUCAAAAGACACAAUGAGAUCCCACCACAUGAAGACAGAUUCAGUGUUUGGUCAACUAAAGCUUCUCUGUCUGGUCUAGAGAUGCCCCCUGCUGUAGGGACCCUGUGUAGGUCUGGUCCUCAGUUCAUCAGUUAUACCAAUCCUAUCAUGUUGUAUGAAGCUGGCGUCGGAACAUCUCCUUUGUUAACUGAUGCAGUGGAAUUCACACCGAUUGAUCAUCCCUGCAUUCCCUGUUAUGGUGAUUGCUCCCAUUAUGGCUGUGAUUCUUACUGUAAUGCCACAGUGACAGUUCAGAAAUUCUUUACACUGACCAAUAUAAGCUUACCCUCCAAAAGGACAAUCUACAAUGAGACUGGGCAUCCAUCAGAGGAGAUUAUCACUUACUACAUGACAGUACGUGGUGUGACAGGAUCUGGUGCCACCACAGAGAGUUCCUCCAAUGGAUUUUAUGUGGAUGAUACGGUCCCAGAAUUCGAUCUGGACAUCAUGGGAGGAGAUUUCUAUUUUGAUGUUGGACAAGGGGAGAGUACUCCUGUUAAAUACCAGAAAUCAAAUGACACCAUCAAAUGUAUCUGGAAAUGUGAUGACGAAGAAAGUGGUAUAGUGGAAUAUACCUGGGCUAUAGGAACAACUCCAGGAUCUACAGAUAUCCAGAACUUCACCUCUACAGGACAGAAUGUUGUAGGAAUCAAUGACCAGCUAGGUGGAAUACUGGAACAUGACCAGACCUACUAUGCCACCAUCACCUGUACCAAUGGGGCUGGCCAUACCACAGUCUACACAGACACAAAAGGAGUUGUUGUGAAGUUGAUACCACCAGAAGUAGAUUCUGUGAACACCACUUUACCUGGAACAAUGCCUUUUACUGAGGAGGUUUUCCCCAAAGAAUCUCUGCAACAAAACGAUCCUUCAACUGUGGGCUUCACUUUCACAAAGUCAGAGGAUCCAUCUGUCAAUAGAUAUGAUCUUUGUGUUGGCUCAGAAGAAAACACAGAUGAUAUAUUCCCUUGUACUUGGGUUGGUUACAACAUGUCUGGGUCUGCAAGCAUCAGAAAUGGAUCUUUGUGGAUAAAUGGCAAAGAAGUGAGGAAAUUAUCCGAGCUAAAUCCUAUGCAUGAAAAUUCAUCAUCUUCAAAAAAUGAUGGAUUCAAGAUGCCAGUGGGCAAGCAGAUGUUUGUGACCAUGCGUCUGUGCAAUGAAGCCAUGCUCUGUACUAACAAGAGUCUAGGAGUUGUAGUCAUCACCAACAGUGAAUCUGUGAUAGCCACCUCCACCAAUGGUACGGCCAUCAAAGAGAGGCUCUCACUCUCUGCCAGAAAGAGGUCUACAGCUGACCUUGACAUCUCAACUCCAAGUGGUUUAGCAGAUGGACAAUCAAUCAUUGUGACUAAGCUAACACAGAGAGAUCUGGAGACCACAUACAGUUCUGAUGCCUCCACUAACUUUGUACCUUACAUACAAGACCCAGCAACAUCUAAUGACAUGGUCCAGAGACUUCUGUAUAAGAGGUUUUAUGGCCAUGGUUUCUCUUUCUCCUUGGUUCCUCUGGGAAAUGUUGAACUACCUGGCCCUCUUACCAUGUCUUAUCCUGAUAGUGUGGGAAAAGUGACCACUGGAAACAGGACAACUUUAGUUCAUUGGAAUUCAAAUAUGCAGUAUUGGGAGAUCAGUAGCAAGACCUGCACUCAUCUAACUGCAGAGGAACAAGAGAUGUAUGAUCCUAACACACAAACAAUGACUGUCAUGGUAUGUAGUACAUAUAACCUUGAGCCCAGGCCUGCUGAAUCACGACAGAAGAGAUCUCUACAUCCAGCAUACUUCAGCAGGGAGACUAUGUUUAUACUGGCAGAUACCGCAGCAUCCAUUUAUAACUCACCACCCAGUCUUAUCAGUAUAAAAGAUGUAAACAUUCUGGAGGACUCAGGAAUUGUAAAAUACCAACUAGAAGCAACAGAUGAAGAAGGUGAUACCAUUAAGUUCAAACUUCAAGACAAAACUUUUAAUCUGGGUGGAGCUACUUUGUCUUCUGAUGGACUGUUGAUGUACACUCCAUGUCAGGAUUGUUUUGGAGUUGAGGACAUUGAUAUUGUGAUGUAUGAGGAACAGAGAGACCCUGAUAUUCCUCCUGCAAACAGCACAGACACCAUCAGAAUCAACAUCCAGGCUAUCAACGAUCCACCGGUCAUCUUCCUCAUCCACAGUGGGCAAUCCAUACUGCAUGAUGAUCCAACAGAGCCUAUCAGUAUUUUGCUGGAGGCUAAGAAUGACUUUAAUGUGGAGCUGUGGGAUGAACCCUGGACAGCAGUACUUGGAGCUUAUGAUGUGGAAUUGGCAGACUCACUGCAUUUAGAAUUAUCUGGGUCUUCAACAGCAAACUUAUCUCUAUCUGAUGAAGCUAGGAGAAUACCAUCAGUCCUAGGAGAUUGUUCAUUGAAAGAGCCUUGUAUGAGUAAUUUUUCUGAAAAUCUGCCACAUCCUGCUGAUAAACUAUCAUGGCUGAGUUACACAGUCCAGUUUUCACAACCACUGAACCAGUUUGGGAAUUUUUCUGCAAACCUCUUUUUCUUGGAUAGUGGAAAUGGAACUUCUCUUCCAAUUACCAUCAAGUUUGGGCUGAUGGAAUCGCCAUGUCAAAAUGGUGGAAAAUGCCUUGCCACAGGUAUUUAUCCUUGCAAUGACACCCAUAGAACACACAGCUUUGAUGCCUACUACAGAUGUGAAUGUCUAGGAGGUUACCAAGGGAAGUACUGUACCGAGGAUAUAAAUGAAUGUCUCAGUGAUCCCUGUGAGGCGCCCCUUAUCUGUUAUAAUGAAAUCAACCACUACCGGUGCGCAUGUCCUCAGGAUCAGCCUAACUGUGAGCUCCUGCCCUGGAUGAUAGCACUUAUUGCUGUUCUGGUGGUGGUGGCGGUCGUGGUCAUCAUCGUGUUGGCAGUUGUGAGAUAUAAGGUCAAGAAAAGGAAAGAACCCUAUGAAAAAGAACUUCUUGGGUCACAGUCUACAUUAGCUUCCACGGCCAGUCUGAACAAAUCAGAUGAAGGAGAAGAAGGGAAGACUGGGGAUCAGUGCUCAUCUGGAAUACUUUGGAAAGAACCAGAGAUCAUGUUUGAUGAAUCAGAGAACUUUACUGAAGAAAAGGUUCCAUUGCCUGAUAAAAAGGAAAUGGUUCCGGUACAGAAUUGGGUAGAACAGAAACAUGAUGCUGAUUACUACAGCAACCGCCUUCUGAAAUCCAACUUUAAGCCUUUGCUACCAGUCAAGGAUUCCAUUGCAUCAGCAAAACAGACCAUCAAGAAAGAGAAGGGUCCUUUUUAA